AUGAGAAGUUUACUAUUUUACUUGUUAAAUUAUGAUUGUGUUACAUUUUAUGAUUAUUUAGAAACAUUAAGAUUAUCAGAUGGUAAAAGUGGAAUACCAUCUUCAACAUGGUUAACAACUGAUACUGCAUCUGAUAUUUAUCAAUAUGCCAAAGAUAGAAUAUAUACAGUUUCAUCAAAUAAGGUUAAAUCACCUCUAAAAAAACAAAAAACUCUAACUCAAAUGGAAAGUAAUAGAACAAUAGAUCCAUAUGUAUCAGUUGAUUCCAUUCAAUUUCAUUUAGAAGAAAAUCCAAAAUGGAAACAAUUAGAAAAUACUAUUGAAAGUAUAUAUGAAACUAUUCAAAAUAAUAACAAUCCAAAUAUUAAUGGAAGAGUUUUAAUUUUAGCUUCUAAUGAAAAAACUUGUUCACAAAUAAGAACUUACUUAGAAUUAGGUGGUAAAACUCUAUUAAAUAGAUUAAUUCAUAAAUUAAUUGGUCCACAAAUUAGGAAACAACAACGAAAAAUUGAUAAACAGAAAGAAGAAAAACUUGGAGAAUCAAAGAAAAAGAAGGGAGUUAAAAGAAAAUCAUUACAAAAUAGUGAAUUGGAUUUAUUAAGUCAACAUGUUUCAAAUUUUGAAGAAAAUCAAGAGGAAAUUGAAAAGAGUAAAUUGGAAGAAUCAAUUCUUGUUUAUGAAAUUGAUAGUGAUGAUGAAAAAGUUCAAAACGAAGAUGAGGAUGAAAAAUUUGAAGAUUUUAAACCACCUCCAUCAGUAGAUAGCAAUGAUGAUAAUUCCAAUCAUGAUCUUGAUAAUGAUGUGAUUAUGAAUCUAAAAAAACAUCCAAUUGAUGAAUAUUUUGAAAUAAUUCCAGAUAAGGUUGUUAAAAAAUUGAAUGAACCAAAAGAAAUGCAACUUUUAAUUCAUUCACUAUAUGAUACAAGUACAAUAUUAGAUGAUUUAAUGCCAUCUUUUGUAAUUUUAUAUGAAAAUGAUUUAUCAUUUAUUAGAAGAAUUGAACAUUAUCAAUGUAAAUAUCCAUACAUACCACUUCAUGUCUAUUUAUUAUCAUAUGAUAGAAAUAGUGUAGAAUAUAAACAAUAUCAAGCAACAGUUGAAAGAGAAAAGGAAGCAUUUAAGAAAUUAAUUGUUUCUUAUGGACGUUUAACAAUUGUUAUUGAUGCAAGAGAAUUUAGAUCUACUUUACCAUCUUUAUUGAACUCUAGUGGAUAUAAAGUAAUUCCAAUUCAAAUAUCGGUGGGAGAUUAUAUUGUAUCAAAACAUUGUUGUGUAGAAAGAAAGAGCACAACAGAUUUGUGGCAAAGUUUAAAUUCGGGACGAUUAUUUCAACAAUCAGAGAAAAUGAUCAAAUAUUACAAACAUGCUGUUCUUUUAAUUCAAUUUGAACAAGAUGAAGCAUUUGUGUUACCUGAUCCUUACUCUGGAUUUUAUUCAUAUGAGGAUGGUAAAAUUGAAGAAAAAUCAAUAAUGACAAAACUUGUCUUAACAGCACUCCAUUUUCCAAAAUUGAAAAUUGCUUAUUCAAGAACACCAGCAGCAACUGGUAAAUUCUUCUACAUGAUGAAACAUCAAGUUUUACAAUAUAAUGACUAUGAUAUGGAAGAGAAUGAGGAAGAUUAUGAACCUGAUGUUUCUUUAGCUCAGGCUAUUGGUACGAGUGAGCAUGUGGAGGAAAAUGAAAGCUCUAAUCAAGCUAUUGAAUUUCUUGCUCGUCUGCCAGGUGUAACAGUUGAAAAUAUGCCAAGAAUUAUUAAUUCUGUUACGAAUUUAUACGAGUUGGCAGAUAUGAGUGUUUCAGAUUUGAGUGAUAUUAUGCAAUCGAAAGAGAAUGCAAAGAAAUUAUAUGACUAUUUGAGAGAAUCAAUUGACAUGGAAUAA